AUAUUGUUUGGGGCACUGUAGCAUAGCUGCGCCGGGAGUUAUUGCAAGGGACAGGCUACGCAAAUUGUGUAUUGGAUGCAUAUCAUUUUAAAUUUAAUCAGAAAAUUACAGAUAUCGCCAGAAUGCCGGGGAUGAUGGAUAAAGGCUCGGAAUAUCUGGGGAAAGGUCGGUCUAACGGAACGAAAAGCCCCUCGAACGCGUCCAAUGGCCAUUUUUCUGAGGAGAGCGGCGGCAGUGACGACGAGCACGCAGAUGUUGGAAUGCGGGUGGGAUCGGAUUAUCAGGCGAAUAUUCCUGAAUUCGACCCCGGUUCUACAAAGUACAGUGAUAAAGACAGUGGUGGCAUGCUGGUGUGGUCUCCAUAUCAUACAAUUGUUGACACUAAAUUGGAUGAAUACAUUGCCAUUGCCAAAGAAAAGCAUGGGUAUAAUGUUGAGCAGGCUCUUGGCAUGCUCUUCUGGCACAAGCACAACAUCGAGAAGUCCCUGGCUGACCUGCCCAACUUCACUCCUUUCCCAGAUGAGUGGACGGUGGAGGACAAAGUGCUGUUUGAGCAGGCCUUCAGCUUUCAUGGAAAGAGCUUUCACAGGAUCCAGCAGAUGUUGCCGGACAAAUCGAUAUCAAGUCUUGUGAAAUAUUACUAUUCUUGGAAGAAGACCAGAUCCAGGACAAGCUUGAUGGAUAGACAAGCGAGAAAGCUGGCAAAUCGAAGUAAUCAGGAUGAGAGUGAUGAAGAAAUGGAGGAGGCCAACCCUAUUGAAGGGCAUGACAGUGAUUACGAUCCUACAAAAGACGCUAAGAAAGAGCCCCACCCCGAGCCUCAGACCAUGAGCUCAAAGAUAAGCAUGGGCCGCCGGGACCACCAGACUUUGCAGCACCGUCACCACUCACAGCGCUCCAAGUGCCGCCCACCCAAAGGCAUGUACCUCACGCAGGAGGACGUAGUGGCCGUGUCCUGCAGUUCCAGUGCAGCUAAUACAGUCCUCCGCCAGCUGGACAUGGAGCUGGUGUCCCUUAAAAGACAGGUUCAAAAUGCCAAGCAGCUAAACAGUGGACUUAAACAGAGAAUAGAAUCUGGUAUUGAUGAAUUCCGGCUACCUGAGAGUAACCAAAAAGUAAACGCCCGCUGGACUACAGAUGAGCAGCUACUUGCAGUUCAAGGUGUCCGCAAGUACGGCAAAGAUUUCCAGGCUAUUGCAGAUGUGAUUGGUAAUAAAACUGUGGGGCAAGUUAAGAACUUCUUUGUAAAUUAUCGCCGACGCUUUAACCUUGAAGAGGUGCUCCAGGAGUGGGAGGCGGAACAAGGAACGUGUGCCCCUAACGGAGACAGUGCCACCUCUGGUGAAGAGGGAAAGAACAGUUCAAACCCCCCUUCUGGAAAGAGCACAGAUGAAGAGGAGGAGGAGGCUUUGACAUCCUCAGCCUCUGGACCGUCCUCUGCAGCUGCAGCUUCUUCAGGUAUAGCAGCCGUGAGUGGCAGCACCUCCCUAAACCAGCCUCCCCCUCUCCUCCGCCCAUCCCUACCUGCCACGCCCGCCCUGCACCGGCAGCCUCCGCCUCUCCAGCAGCAAGCUCGAUUCCUGCAGCCUCGGCCGGCUCUCCACCAACCACCCCCCCUCAUUCGGCCCUCCAACCCCCUCCCCCCACGCCUCAACCCACGACCCGCCGCCCCUGCCGCCGCCACACCCGGCCCCGCCUUGGGCCAGCAGCCACCCACGCUGGUUGGCAUCCAACCUGAGAACCCCUCUCUGCACUGAGCGAUCUCGGUGAGAAGUGGCUCGGCGAGGAGCGGAUCACAGUUGCUGUCAGUUAUUGAGUUUGUAAUAUUUUUCUAUUGAUCAAUAAUCUGUUUCUGAUGGAGGCUGGUGUUUUACCUUGUGUUUGUGAAUAGUAGGUUAUGACUGAGUUUUAAAGCCUUAUAUGUUAGAGAGUAGAUGUUGAACUCUAUUUAUUUAAAUAUACUUGUGUAACUGACUCAUUAUUAUCUGUUCCAUUUUUGCCAUUUUAAGCAUUUUAAGAUGACACUCUCUUAUACUCACGUACAAGUGAUAACGAACUUUACUCUGCAGAUUUGUCUCAGAUUUUUUGUAAGUGGUUUUUAAAUACAGAUACAUGCUCUCCUUUUUAAAAUGAAAGAUGUUAGGCUGUGUUUUUGUUAAAUUUUCUUUCACUGUCCUCGGUGUGACAUUUUUGUGAUUCUCUUGUAUGUAUGUAUAUAAGCAUUAUUUAUUUUUAUACUUGGUGCUGAGGACUACACAUAACUUAAAUCCUAUUCUUUAGACUAUUUCUCACCAUGAAAGUGCUCUUAAAAUCGAAGAGACUGUCGUAUUCAUUUCAAACUGGAAUCCUGGUAUUAAGAAUUCCCUAAGGAGGUUGUUUUUAGCUGUCGUUCUGAAUUCACCUCAUUAGUAUUUUUUGUACUACGUUUUUCACAAUAUGACGUUCCCUGGUUAUAAAUAAUAAUAUAUCAACGUUCAGUUCCCUUCCCCUUUAGCUAUAAAAGCUAGAAAAUAGCUAACCUUUUGUUUUCACUCUGUAAAAAUAUCUGUGCAUGUUGAUUGAUGUUUUGUAUUGUUUUUUUGUUGUUUUUUGUGUUUUUUUUUAUGGUUAAGAAGUGUAAGACAUUAAGCAGACGUUAAGCUUUUGACUCGAUAUGUGCCUGAGUUUGAUACUGUUUGCUGCCCUGUAACAAAGACAAACAAAACUCUGUUCAUAUCAUAGCAUGUAGCAUUAAUUAUGUACCUUUUAUAGUGACGCUGUAUGAUUAUUAUUAUUAUUAUAUGUUCGUCUGCCGUAUUCAAGCAUGAUGUUCCUCAUUUGACUGUGUGCUUAUUGUAAUAAUCAUAGUCAGUGUUUCUCUGUAACAGUUUCACUGUUCCUUCGCUUGUAAAGGUAUUGAGUUGUGUGUCCACAGCUGUUGAUGCAUGUCAUGAUGCUUAUUGUUACUUCAUUUGUGUUUCUUUUUGUCUUUCUGUUUUAGUUUUACCUGUGUUUUGUCUCAUGUGGUCUGAAUGGCCAUUUUUAGUGUCUUUGUCGUAAUAUUUUCCUGUAAAAAUCUGUAUUUCUUUUUUUUUAAAUCCCCUCAGAAUUUCUAAAUUAUUUAAAGCACUUACAAAUGAUGUUAAAAAGUUUUGUCUUUUUUCUGAUUUCAUCACUUAAUUGAAGGUACUGGAACUGCCCAGGCCUUGUAGGCAUUAGGGGUGCAACCAUUAAAUAUCUAUGGUUAUAUUGUG